GCCGCCCGCCCGCCUGCAGCCAACCCAGCUGCAGCCCCCUCGGCGACAUGAGGCAGUUCCUGUCUCCAGCCACCCUUCUCCUUGUGGUCCUGUUCUUUCCAGGAUUGUCCAGGGUCACGCAUGCUGACCAGCAGGACACCGAGGGUCCCAAGGGGCCAAAGCAAGGCUCCCCGGGACAUGGAACCAAAGGGUCUCGCCUGUUACGGCACCAAGUAGAACACCGCCUCUUACCUCGCACGCCCCCCUUGCCGGACAUUGAACCAGACUUCAAAGUUGUCAACUGCAAGAGGGGCGACGGCAGAUGUCAAAAAUAUUGUAAUUAUAUGGAAGUACAACUAGGCUAUUGCUCUAAGAAGAAAGAUGCCUGCUGUUUGCCUCAAUACUGAGGCCGUUGUCAUAAAAGCCAAAGCUUUGUCCACUCCCUGUUCUCCUGGGCCAUCAAUCCAGAUGCGGGGGGUUUUGCAGAUGUUGCUGAGCAGAGAGGGGCUGAGGCUUGGCCAUCUGCGCGAGACAGU